UACCUGGAUAUUCCUAUUUAAACCAGCUCGCAUUUCAAUUUCGUUAGUUGAGAUUCAAGUCGUUGAAGUAAAGUUUUGGGUUUUUGUGAUUUGUUAAAUUUUAAAGCUAUAAAGCAUCAAUAGCACAAUGAUGUUCGCUGUGCUGUACAUGGUCAUCUCAAUAAAUGUUAUUUCAAGUACAGGUCUAAAGAUUAACAUAAAUAGUGAAUAUUUUUAUCCAUGGCAAGAAUUUAUUUUGUGCACAACUCCAGUGUACAGAAAACAUAAGAGAAGACACUCAGAUAUCAGCUCUUGUCAACAUGUCAGUCUAUAGGAUCAGUGAACGAGAGGGGAAGAUUUUGGUGGCGUCUAUUUCAGAAUCAGAUUCAAAGUUUCAAGAUUAUAAAAGUGCUGGAAAAAGAGUAGAAGGGAAAAUAUCGAAAACAUUUUCUCAAUUAGAUAUUUAUUUAUCGAAUAGUUCAGACUGCAAUGAUAGCAUUUUCCUAUGUGAAGUACAGUAUGUGAAUACAACAGGAUCCAUUCAUAGAAUUGGGAAACAGACAGAGAGUUUACCAAGAAAAUCGCGUGACACAUUUCUAAUGAUGAACCUGAAAGCUAAAACUUCUGACUAUGUUAAAUCUGUUGACACAAUGGCCGACUUUCUCAAAUCGUUUGAAGACCCAGACAGACUGAAAGGUGCAGACAUGACAAUGUCAUUACAGAUGUCACAUUCUGUUGACACUAAGUUCAACACAGACAAAAGUUUUGGUCAAACAGAUGCAGAGUUAAAUAACAGUUAUAAACAGAUCAGUUCUUCUUCACUUGAUAAUAAAAUGUUGGAUGAUAAAAUAAAGAAUUUAACUCUUGAUGUAAACAAAACUUUCCAGAUGAUGGAAAACAAACUCUUUUCAAAAAUAGAGUUAAAUAAAAAUAGUGUUGCUGUUUUAAACGAAUCAAUGCAAACAUCGUUAGCCAACACCCAGAACCAAACAGAACAAAUCAAUAUCAGAUUAAAUGAUAUGGAAACAAAUAUAAAGAAAACUAUCACACAAGAAUAUAUCAAUUCCACAUUAAAUUUGGUAGACGGUCUCAACAAAUCUUUGCAAGGUUUUAUUGACGAGUACAACGAUGAUCAAUUCUUUUUAAAAUUAACAAUACAGUGUAUUAGGAGCAAAAACUCAAGUCUACCCAAACAAACAGUUGUUAAACUAAGUGAAAAUAAACUGGCCUUGUGUGACACCAAUACAGACGGUGGAGAAUGGAUUGUUAUACAGAGACGUGUCAAAGGUGACGUAAAUUUCACCAGAAACUGGAGCGACUACAAAAAUGGUUUUGGAUCUUUGGCUGGAGACUAUUGGCUGGGAAAUGACUGGAUCUCAAACCUCACACAAAAAGGCUACAGUGAACUGAGGUUUGACAUGAAAUAUGAAGGUAAAUCCUACUACGCCGUGUACAGUAAUGUGAAGGUGGGAAAUGAAGCAGAUUUGUAUAGGAUAAAGUUUACAUACAAGACAGGCAACGCUACAGACAACUUAGAUACACACAACCAAAUGGCCUUUUCUACUUUAGAUAGAGACAAUGACAGAAGUUCUCAGCACUGUGCGGAGGAUUAUAAAGGCGGCUGGUGGUAUAGAGAUUGUCAUCGAGUAAACGUAAACGGUAUGUGGGCGAGUAAAGUUAUACAUAAAGGCAUUAUCUGGCACGGUAUAACAGGCUUCACUAAUUCUUUGGAAUUCGUGGAGAUGAAGCUACGACGGCUGUGGUUAUAAAAAAUAAAAAAACAAAAAAGAACCUUGUGUUAACACCGACUGGUGCAUGAUAAAUUUACAAUAUUUCGCAGAGUUUUUUUAACAAUAAAAACUAUUGCUUUGAGUUUAAGUUGAAAUCAAACACUCACCAAAACGGCUUUCCCCAAAAUGAUGACAGACUGUCAACUGCUGAGUGAAAUUCUCUGUUGACUAGAUGUUUGUUUGUGUAGACAUCUGUUGUGAAUCACAUCAAUGCAUGUUAAAUUAAAUAGU